AUGGUGUUCAACAGUGCGGCGGUUGUGGCGGUGGCCGACGUCUCCACCGAGACGUGGCAGCUGAUCUGGAGGAUUCCGCCGUCGCAGAGGAUCGAUACCCAACAGCUUAUGGACAUGGCGGUUUGCUACCCGAUGUAUCAGUUGAGUCGUUUCGUUCUCUGUUUAUGGACUUUUAUGUGUCUCCCUUCUUCUGAUUCCUUCUACUCCUACACCUACGACGAGACCCAAUCUGCUUCUUCUUCUUCUUCAUCCGACGCUGCUGAUGAUGAUGAUCGGCUCGCUUUUGAUCAUAAUCUCUAUAACCAUCGUGAUUACUCUGAUUCCGACGAUGAUCUUUCUUCUUCUUCGUUCGAUGACUAUUACAGUCACUACUCCCAUUCAGAUUGA